GUCUCUCUGAUCGCUCUGUGUCGGAACAAACGAGGAAACAAUGGCAGAAGAAGUAGCUCCAGCUCCGGCCGCCGCGCCGGCAAAAGCCGCCAAAAAGAAGGUGACCAAGCCGAAGAAGGCCGGGCCCAGCGUCCGCGACCUGAUCCUUAAAGCUGUGUCCGCGUCCAAGGAGCGGAACGGCGUGUCCGCGGCCGCCCUGAAGAAGGCUCUGGCCGCCGGAGGCUACGAUGUGGACAAGAACAAGUCCCGCGUCAACACCGCCAUCAAAAGCCUGGUGGCGAAGGAGACUCUGGUCCAGACCAAAGGGACCGGGGCGUCCGGAUCCUUCAAGCUCAACAAGAAGGCGGCCGAAACUAAAGCCAAGAAGCCAGCGGCCAAGAAAGCGGCUCCGAAAGCCGCCAAGAAGCCCGCAGCCGCCAAGAAACCCGCCGCGGCCAAGAAGCCCAAGAAGGCCCCGGCAGCCAAGAAGGCAGCGGCCGCUAAGAAGUCCCCGAAGAAGGUGAAGAAGCCCGCCGCAGCGGCGGCCAAGAAAGUAGCCAAGAGCCCCAAGAAGGCCGCCAAGAGCCCCAAGAAGGUGGUGAAGAAGGCCCCGGCUGCUGCCAAGAAAGCCCCCGCCAAGAAGGUCGCCAAACCCAAAGUGAAGAAAGCGGCACCCAAGAAGAAGUGAAGCUGUCAUCGC